GAGCCUUUAAAUCACACAGAAUUCUACUUCAAACAGGUUUCACAGAGAAACACCCUUUGUACUCACACUGCAUAAUAACUGGGAAUAUAUUGUCCCAUAAUGACGGACUUUAGCAUUGCCAAGUUUGACAACUACCAGGAGUAUCUGCACUCCUUCACCACCGUCGAGGACUUCCGGUACUUGCCCUCCUACAAGACGGUCACAACCCUCACGAAGCUCGGCUAUCGGGAGCACCGCAGUUUCUACAAGGAGGACGAGUUCCAGAAUGUGAAGAAACAGGUGGAGCAGCUGCUGAAUCCAACGGUCUCUGCCCAGAUAUACUAUAGUCAGUAUUUCACAGGAGCGGAUCCAGCUCUUUGGGCUCUGGCCGAACGGGAACAUCUCAAUGUGCAACAGGAGAUAUCAACCAUUAUCUUUCUGGAAAUAAGUGGCAGAAGCGGUUUCUCCAAGUCCGGCUACAUUGACUUCGAGGCCAGUCUGCGCAACUGCAGGUUCAAAGGACCCAAUGCAGUCGAUUGGCGGGCCGUUUUCGAGGUGCGAAAGAUGCUGCAGCCUCAGCCGAGCGAUAUUGUCUUCUACGAUUGGAGAACCAGGAAAAUCUUUGCCAAUGACAACGACAACUACACAGUUGUGGCCCAUCCAGAACAUGGCCUGAUGUUUAUUCACAAGGGCGAUCACAAGAACGUCACGGUCACCACGAAAAAGAAUCCAUUUAGCAGCAACGUAAGGCGUUCUAUGAUCAAGUCCGAUCUCUACGGUUUUAUGAUAUUAUAUGACCACCAUGUCCGCAAGAAGACCUAACUGAGUUGCGACUCGUGUUGAUGUUUUAAAUAUAAUUGUACAUUCCGUUA